AUGCAGCGACUCGCAAGUAAUGAGUGUCGCCAGUCCAGUCUGAUGGAUGUGCAGCAUUCGGAUGGUCUCUUGUCGGAAAUCAGAACAUUUCUGCACACCUCACGUUUGAUUGAGCGUCAGUUCAAUCCUCUCCUGAUUGCGACAGCCUGGCCGGUCACUUGCGAUUCCAUCAUCCUGAUACCCGACUCAGGAGUCACACGCCAGCUGCACUUGCCCAUAGGCUUCCUUGCAGCGCAUUGGUAA